AUGUACUUCACAGGAGGUUUCCAACAGACGUGGCUUUGCGAAUAUCUCAAGGUCAUUGCAGAUGUUUGCGGCCAUGGAAACAAGAUGUUGGAGAUUGUAUUGGUCAUCAAGGACAAAUCUCUCUUGCCGUGCUGCCCAUCCGACGUGCAAAUGCAGGUCAUCAGUACUGUGCGGUCGGACGCCGCAAUAUCAGUGUACAUGGCCUUGGUUGAUCGCCGACAUCUUGUCUCUAGCUAA